AUGUCAUCAGUAUUCGAAAGUCCUAUUUGUAUCCCUGAUCUCACUGAUCAGAUAAUCAAAGACUCGGACAAACCGGCUGCAGCGGGCGGUUAUGCCAAAAUUUUCAAGUGCAGCUGGAACUCGCCUUCUGAAUCUUCUCCAGUUGCAGUCCAGGUCAUCAAGGUUCAGCAUGAUUCUGACUCGCUCAGUGAAAAAGGCGAGGAAUUGAGACGAGAAAUCAACUUAUGGGGGCGACUUCAGAAUGAACACAUUUGCCUUUGCUCGGGCUCGUUCACCGUUCACGGAUAUGGCCCAUUACCUGGCCUUGCGGCACCCUGGAUCGACAGUGGAAGCCUCAUUGAGUUAUUGGUUAGACAUCACAACAUCCUGACGCGCCAUGAACGUUUUCGCCUGAUAUUGCCUCAGCACUGGUAUUACUCUUUUGCAGUGGUUCACGGAAAUGUAAGCGGUCAUAACAUUCUGGUGGACUUGAAUGGCCGUGCCUUUGUAAAGGGUAGCGGGCUUUCCACGAUGCUCGAUGAGAUUGCGGAAUCAGAAUCUUACGAGACUCGUCUGGGUGAUGUUGCAUGGACAGCUCCCGAGUUAAUGGUUGACAGUUCCAGCGGACUUCCGACGUCCCACAGCGAUGUGUGGUCUUUCGGUUGCAAUAUGAUCCAUGUUCUUUCUGGGCAGGCGCCCUGGCAAAAAGCUCCAGAUGACACUGUGAAGGCCCGUUUGCGUGACGACCAAGUCCCGCUAUUCCCAGAAGGAAUCAGCCCUCAAGAUCUAUCUUUCCUCCGACGAUGCUUCUCACUUCGGCCUGCAGAUCGCCCUUCUGCAGAUCAGAUCCUAACCUUUGUGCAUGAAGAAUCCUUGCGUUGUAUACCCGGAAUACCGCAGACCGUGGAAGUUACGGUCUCCGAGACAACUAAACCACCUCAGCUCACGGUCUUUGGGAACCUGCACAGCCUAGUGGAUAUGACACUUUUCUUGCUGCUCGUCAACGUCCUUGCCGCAUUGGUCUGCGUACAGCUCAUUCGUGGUGAUAUGCCAGACUCGAUCGCGUUGAAUUUCGGACAGUUGUGGACUUCGUUCCUCGCCGUGUACCAGCUCUUUUCCUCCGAGAAUUGGACGAACGCAGUCCUUUCCUUCGCUUCCACUAACACAUUUAGUUCAGCUACUCGCUCUGUAUCAUCUAUGCCCGAGUCUAUUGUAGCCAUAUCUCCGUCCAUUCUGAUAGCAUGA